AUGCGUUUCUCUGUUGUUUUUGCAGCCAUUGCUGCUCUCAGCUCUGUGGUCACUGCUGAACGUGGCUGCGGUGCUAUCCCCCACAAAGGCUUUGCCACUGAGCUAAUGGAAGCCAUGGACAACGCUCGUGCUUCUAGCUUCAGCAACACCACUGCCGCCAACGUUACGAUCAAUACCUACUUUCAUGUCAUUACUGAUGGUAACAAGGGCCAGAUUAAUAAUGAUACCCUGCAGAAACAGAUCGAGGUGUUGAACAAGGACUACAGCGGAACUGGAUUCAGCUUCAAGCUCGUAGGAUCUGAGAGAACCAACAACGCUGGAUGGGCGUCCGGCAAUGAUGAUUUUGGCAUGAAGAGCUCCCUGCGAAAGGGUGGCUACGAUUCUCUCAAUGUCUAUUUCGUUCCCAUGCUCAGGGAAGGCCUCCUUGGUUUCUGUCAUUUCCCCACGAAAAACCCAGGCAAAAGACAACUCAUCAUGGAUGGAUGUGUGAUCAACUCCAAUACUGUCCCGGGAGGUAGUGCGCAGAAUUACGAUGAGGGCAGGACCACCACCCACGAGGUUGGACACUUCAUGGGUCUGUACCACGUCUUCAAUGACAAUGGAGGAGGCUGCCAGCAGGACGGUGACAUGGUUGACGAUACUCCUGUCCAAAGUAAACCCUCCAGCGGUUGUCCCAAAGGCAAGGACUCCUGUCCACAGCAGGGCGUCGACUCCAUCCACAAUUAUAUGGAUUAUAGUUACGAUUCAUGCUUGAAUGAGUUCUCUCCUGGUCAGAUCCAGCGAAUGCAGAUGCUGUGGAAGCAAUUCCGUGCCGGAAAUAGCAACAGGUCUCCAAAGGCAAUGAAGCCAAUUAUUCCAUCCUACGUCUCCGACCCGGUUAUGUGA